AUGGAGGUAAAGGUAAAGGGUCAGUGUCAUUCAUCUACUCUACGAUUUGCAAUGAUCUGAUUGAUAUCAUGGGGGGGGGGGGGGUUAAAAAAUUCAUUAUUGAUCAAGUAAAGGAAACGAAGUAUUUUUCUCCAACUGUUGACUCAACUCCAGAUAUUUCACGCAUAGACCGUCUAGCUUGCGUUUUGCGGUACGUACUUGAAAAUGGUCCAGUAGAACUAUUUAUUAAGAUUUUAGACAUGAAGGGACAUACUGCGGAAGAGAUGUUCAAAAGCGUGUCCGCCUUUUUUGUAAAAGACGGCAUCAAUAUCAAAAACUGUAGAGGGCAGUCAUAUGACAAUGCGAGUAAUAUGAGCAGAAAGUAGAGUGGUUUACAGGCGCUUAUUCGCGCGAAGAAAGAACUCGCAGACUGGAUUCCAUGUUUCGCACAUUCACUCAAUUAGCCUUUCUCACGAUGGCGAACGCCGCCAUUUUGGUUGGCAUUUAAUUCUCGUUAACCAAUGCAGACAAUUAAAACAAUGUGAAAAGCAAUUUUUCAAAAUAAACUAACCAUUUACAAAGCAAAUUUAUCAUCAUUCGUCCAAAAACAGGUGUAACUUCGUUUUUCAGCUUCGUACAGAAACUGUACACUUUCUUCGAUCUUCUCCUCAUCGCUGGGAUAUUCUGUUGAAUGAACUUCGUGAGAAGAGGUUGCCAGUUGUGAAACGCCUUUGUGAUACUCGAUGGUGGGCUCACUCGGCAGCUACUUCUGCAUUAAAAAAGCGCUACGAGGACAUUCGAGCAGCUCGUGUCUCCAUUUCGAACGACACCGAUGAAGAACCAGCAACAAAACAAGAAGCAAAUGGUCUUCAAAAUAAGAUGGACCAGUUGGGAAACUGCGUCUUGUUGGAACUCUGGGAUCGAAACUGUUCUUGA